AUGACGUUCCCCGACGAGUGGGGUGCCGGCGGCGGCGACGGCGGCCCGACCGAGUCGAAGCUCGUCGCGCUCUCGAUGCAGAGCAACGAGGCGCUCCUCAUCAAGACGCUGCUGGCGCGGAGCUGCCCGAGCGCAAGGCUGAGCCGCGUGCAGCGCGUGCAGAACAAGAAGCUGUGGUGCGAGUACGCCCACUACCGCGACGAAUCGCUCGUCCACACCUGCGCCGGCGGCGACGUCAACGAGAUGCUCCUCUUCCACGGCACGGCGGAGCGGGCGGCGGAGGAUGUGCUCGCGCAUCAGAACGGGCUCGACCCGCGCUUCUCGAACGGCGGUUUUUACGGCCAGGGCAUCUACCUGGCGGAGGACCCGUCCUACCCGAUCGGCGGCCGGUACGCGCACCGCAUCUCCGGCUCGGGCGGGCGCCGCGUGCAGCUGCUCAUCGUGAAGGCCGCCCUCGGCUCGCAGCAAGAGAUGGGGCAGCAGAUUAGCGCGGAGACGAGGGCGAUGCGCAUGCCGGACGUGCGCGUCGAAGGCCCUCCCCGACUCCUCUACGACAGCGUGCGCGGCGGGCCGCACCGCCCCUUCGUCUCCGGCGGAGGCGAGAACGGGUGCGACGCGUCCAUCGUGCACGUUGUGUACGAGUCACGCCAGAUGUACCCGGCGUACGUGAUCGAGGUCGAGAUGGAGAUGGGGGCCGAGGUGGUGGCGGCCGUGCGCAAGAACUCGGCGGAGGGGAGUGCGAGCGCUGGCCCGGCACCCAAGCAGCAGCGCCACGCUGCGCCGAGCGGCGGCGGCGGCGGCGGCGGCGGCGGCUCCAGCAGCGGCGGCUCCAGCCACUCUGCUGCUCAUGUCCCCGCCGCUGCGCCACCGAGCGACGCGGAGGUGGGGGCGAUGGGCGUGGCGGCGGUGGUGGCGGCGCUGCGGGCGCACGAGUCGGUCUUUUUUGCGGCUUGCUUGCGGUUGAUUGAUCUGUGCAAAGAGGCGCAGAACAAGCAACCCGCGGCGGACGCGGGCGCGAUCGAGGCGAUCGUGGCGACGAUGCAGGCGUACCCGCAGGUGGCAGACGUGCAGCAAAUGGGCUGCUUGGCGGUGGACCGCGUGUGCUUCGGCACCGACGCCGCAGGGCUUGCACGCAUCCAGCGCGCAGCAGACGCAGGCGGCAUCGAGGUGGUUGUGGCGGCGAUGCUGGCUCACCCGCACGUGGCGGACGUGCAGGAAAUUGGCUGCUUGGCGAUGGCCAACGUGUGCGCCGGCAACGACGCUGCAGCGCUCGCACGCAUCCAGCGCGCAGCAGGCGCGGGCGGCAUCGAGGUGAUUGUGGCGGCGCUGCAGGCUCACCCGCAGGAUGCGAACGUGCAACGGAAUGGCUUCUGCGCGAUGGCCAACGUGUGCGCCGGCAGCGACGCUGCAGCGUUCGCGCGUUGCCAGCGUGCAACAGACGCGGGCGUGAUCGAGGCGGUUGUGGCAGCGAUGCAGGCCCACCCGCAGAUGGGGAAAAUGCAAGAGUUUGGCUGCUGUGUGCUGGAUCACGUGUGUGCCGGCACCGACGCUGCAGCGUUCGCACGUAUGCAGCGCGCAGCUGCGGCGGGCGGCAUCGAGGUGGUUUUGGCGGCGCUGCAGGCUCACCGGCAGCAUGCGGGCGUGCAGCAGAAUGGCUGCCGGAUGCUGGCCAGCGUGUGUGCAGGCGCACCCGCAGCAUGCGGGCGUGCAUCAGUGUGGCUGCUUGGCGGUGCGCCGGCACAGACGGGCUGUCUAUGA